GGAACAGACUAUUUUUUUAAAUACUGACACGGGAUAAAAGUAACGAUUAAACAAGCUGCUCAAACAGUUUAAUAUUCUUGGAAACGUUCUGAAAUUUAAUUGUAUUUUACCUUAGUUUAAUUUUAAAACAAAAUUUAAGGACGUAAAAUCAUAUCGGUCAUAAAUAUUAUAAUACGUGUCAAAAUUUAAUAUAAACUUGAUUCCAAAACCUUUGGCUUGACUAAAACUCGAAAAAUCUGCUCAAAAAUCAUAUCGAUCAUGAAUAGGUUUCCGAACACCCUUGUGCUUUCUCAUUGGUUGAAGUUGACACUUAUCUGUGAUUCAUUCAUACGUCAAAGUACCUAAGCAAUAUUUUACCGAAGUCCGCACCCAUUUAAGCUCUAAAUUUUAUAUCUAUUAAUUUUUUAAUUCUAACAAAAUAUAAGUAACAGUGUCACAAUGGGAGACCAUUUGCCUGCUUGUGUCAUCGAUGUGGGUACCGGCUACACCAAGUUGGGGUUCGCCGGCAACAAGGAACCUCAGUUUAUCAUUCCGUCAGCCAUAGCGAUAAAGGAAACGGCGAAAGUCGGCGAUCAGAGUACCAGGCGCAUGACGAAAGCGGUCGAGGACUUGGAUUUCUUCAUCGGCGAUGAAGCAUUCGACGCGACUGGGUACUCUGUGAAGUAUCCCGUGCGCCACGGGCUCGUAGAGGACUGGGACCUCAUGGAGCGUUACAUAGAGCAAUGCAUCUUCAAGUAUCUGCGCGCUGAGCCCGAAGAUCAUCAUUUUUUGCUCACCGAGCCACCGCUAAACACGCCGGAGAAUCGUGAAUAUCUGGCAGAGAUUAUGUUUGAGUCAUUUAAUGUGCCAGGGUUGUAUAUCGCCGUGCAAGCGGUGUUAGCGCUCGCUGCGUCGUGGAAGUCGCGUACGUCAGCCGAACGCACUUUUACGGGUAUUGUAGUCGAUAGCGGUGAUGGCGUCACCCACAUAGUGCCUGUAGCUGAAGGAUAUGUCAUUGGAUCAUGUAUCAAACACAUCCCUAUAGCUGGUAGGAACAUUACCUCAUUCAUCCAGUCACUCCUGCGUGAGCGCGAGGUCGGUAUCCCACCAGAACAGAGCUUAGAAACAGCAAAAGCUAUUAAGGAGAGAUACAGCUACAUAUGCCCUGAUAUAGCCAAAGAGUUUGCCAAAUAUGACAGUGACCCAGCAAAGUGGAUGAAGAAGUACACAGGCACUAAUGCUAUUACUAAGAAUCCAUUUAGUGUAGAUGUUGGUUACGAGAGAUUCUUGGGGCCAGAGAUUUUCUUUCACCCUGAGUUUUCUAAUGCAGACUUCACUGUGCCAUUGAAUGAGAUGGUUGAUGAGGUUAUUCAAAACUGCCCUAUUGAUGUGAGGAGAGGUCUGUAUGGAAACAUUGUUUUAUCGGGUGGCUCAACUAUGUUCCGUGACUUUGGUAGGAGACUGCAGCGUGACAUUAAGCGCACAGUUGACGCAAGACUGAAACUCUCGACUAUGCUCUCUGAGGGCCGGAUCACGCCUAAGCCUAUUGAUGUGCAGGUGAUCUCUCAUAACAUGCAGAGAUAUGCGGUCUGGUUUGGAGGAAGUAUGCUGGGAUCAACCCCUGAGUUCUACCAGGUGUGCCACACUAAGCAGGCCUACAUGGAGUAUGGCCCGAGCAUCUGCAGGCACAAUCCUGUCUUUGGAACCAUGACAUAAUGCGCUCAAACACCAUGAAAUUACAGUAAAAUAAUGUAUUAACCGUUUUAUUUACUACUUAUUAGUUUUAAGUAUCCAUUGUUUUUAUAAGUAUUAAUUUUUGAUCAUUAUUUUAAAAUGAUUAUUACUAUUCUAUACACCAACAGGAAGUAUAGCUGCAAAAUAUGUUCUCAAAGAUAUUUAAUUUGAACUAUUUCCUUAGUUGAUAUAUUAAUUCUAUUAUUUUAAGCUGGAGGGCACCAUUGUAAAUUUAACGCAUUUAAUUUUUGCAUUCCAGCUUUUUAAAAUAUACUUAGAACUAUUAUUAUGUUGGACUAUUAUUUACUACCAUGUCCUUUCGACUCGUUAAAAUACUGUAAACAUUAAUUAGUGAAAAAAUACAAUGUUUCUCAUCUCAACUCAAGUUUUCUGUUCUGUGAGGAAUUUACAAGUACACAAGCAUUCAUUGAAUUUCAUCUAUCAUAAUAAUAUACUUAGCAAGGUAUCCAAAAUGGUGUAUUUAUCUAAAGAUAUAUUUUAUAGUUGUGAGAAUGUGCGCAAAUCAUUUUCAACACCUGCUGCUGCCGACUGUAUGUCAUUUGUGCCCUGAACUGAAAUGCAGUGUUUCCCAUAAAAACUUCCAAUACUUAAAUAAAUGCUACAUCCUUUAUACAUUC